UGUAUGCGUCCUGUUGGUGUACAAUAUCAUGCUGAUUUACAAAAUUUGACAAAUAUUUAUUAAUUAAUUAAUUAAAUUCAAUAAUUAAAGAAAUGGCCGACGAAGAUGUGAAUGGUGAUUCUGACGAAGUUCAGCAAGAAAAAUCGCAAAAGAAAAUUGCUAAAUAUGAUAGCGGGGCUGCAGAUUUGGAAAGAGUUACAGACUAUGCAGAGGAGAAAGAAAUUUCAUCUUCCGAAGGAUUUUCCUGCGCGUUGAGUAUAAUUGGAGAUAGACGAAACAAAGAAGCUGCGGAGAAAAAGGCUAAAGAAAAAGAGUUAUCGAAAAUCGCGAUAAAGAAAGAAGAUGUCGACCUCAUUAUGAAAGAGAUGGAACUAACUAAUCGAAAUCUAGUUGAGCAAACUCUUAGGGAACACAGAGGCGAUGUCGUGGAGGCACUCAUGACUCUAACCAAUUGAUCGCAUUUUUUGUACGCGAGAUUGUUUCUCGCAAUUCGUUACAUAAAUUAAUUUAUGUUUACUUGUACAAUUAUAAUUACAAAUAUUAUUAAAAAUAUUUAAUGAAUUA